AUGAAGCGCGCUGCUGGUUCCGCUCUAAGCGAAAGCAUUUUGCAUGAUUUGUGGGUUAAUCGCUUGCCCCCAUAUGCGCAAGCAGCAAUUAUAGCAACCAACGUACCUAUUGUCGACAAAUUAAAAAUCGCCGACUCAAUAGUGGAGACGAUGCAAAUGCGUGAAGUUCGUAUCCACGAGGUAUCCGCAUCGAAUCAUACCACAGACAACGACCUGAGGACUGAAAUAGCAGAACUGAAACAGCGUUUUGAUAGAGUUACGAGCAGCGAGAAAACACAUGCGCGUUCCAGAUCGAAAACACCAGUGCGCCCUCAUAACAUCAAUUCAGGCGAAAUGUGCUGGUAUCACGCCAAGUUUGGACCAAACGCUAAGAAGUGUCGCCAAUCUUGUAAGUUCGCUCAAUCUACAUCGUCAAAUGGCAAACAAUAG